AUGGCGCUCUCCGCCUACUUUCUGCGUGCGCUGACGGUCACCUAUACCGCGCGCAAUCGCUCGUCCAUGACGGCGACCAUCGAGAACCUUCGAAACACGAUCCUCUGGAUGCCGCCGGCCUCUUCUUCCUCCCCCCCAUCCUCCGCUUCCUCCUCCCCUCCCUCUUCUACCUCUUCGCUCUCUCCUUCUGUUCUCUCUUCUUCCCCGUCUUCUCCUAGCUCGGCGUCGAGCUGCUCUGCGCCAUGGCCAGUCCCGCGGCGCAUCGGCCGGCGGCAGUGGCGAGUGACGUACUUGAAGUCCCCGUUCAAGUACAAGUAUGCGCUGCGGCACUAUGUCUUCGAAGACCACCGCUACGCCUUCUCUUUCUACGACGUGGAGAACGUGCAAGAAGUGCUCAGUGCAGCCUUAGGCGCGAUGGCGAAGGAGACCUGCUGCUCCUGCCGCUUCUCCUGGCAUUUUGCUGGAAGGCCUCAGGCCGCGCUUCCCGCGGCGCCGCGCCUCGUCGCGUCUUCGCUAUCCUCGUCAUCCGCCGCGUCCUCUGCGUCUGCGGUGCCUGCGGAAGACUCCCUGGCGGGUGGCGCCGAAGAGGCGCGCAAGGCGAGUCGGAAAGUCUUUCCUGUGCUUCAGGGGCACUGCCCAGCCGACAAAGAGUUCAUCCGCCGCGCCCUGGAGGAGGAGCAAGCUGUCGAGCGGAUUCGGAAGAAGCUUGACAAAAAAACUCUCCAGUGGUUCCCAGGAAAGACACCUUGGGCUCCCAAGUGA